UGCUUCCUUUCUCUUUUUCCCAGUGAUGCCUUCUCAGAAUGCUGUGCUUCCCCAAGAAGGAAACAUGGAGGAGAAGGAAAUGAAUGUUGGGUCACAGAUAGUCAGUUCUCAGGAAUCACUGACAUUCCAGGAUGUGGCUGUGAAUUUCACCAGAGAGGAGUGGGACCAGCUGUACCCUGCUCAGAAGAACCUCUACCGAGAUGUGAUGCUGGAGAACUAUAGGAAUCUGGUUGCUCUGGGGCAUCAACUUUAUAAGCCUGAAGUGAUCACUCAGUUGGAGCAAGAGGAGCAGUGGAUGAUGGAAGGAGAUAGCCCACUGGACACACACCCAGAUGGGGAGAAUAGACCAGAGAUCAAAAAAUCAACUCAAAACCAGAAUAUUUCUGAUGAAAAUCAAACCCAUGACGUGAUAAUGGAGAGACUAACAGGAGAUAGUUUCUGGUACUCCAUCUUAGGUGGACUCUGGGAUUUUGAUUACCAGUUAGAAUUUAACCGAGAAAACCAGCAGAGACAUUUAGGACAAGUAUCUUUCACCCACAAAAGGAUCACACAAGAGAGAAGCCUUGAAUGUAAUCGAUUUGGGGAAAACUAUAAUCUGAACUCAAACCUUAUUGUGCAUCAGAGAAUUCCUUCAAUUAAAAUACCCCUUAAUUCUGACACACAAAGAAAUAGCAUCAAACAUCAUUCAGACUUGAUUUACUAUCAGAGAAACUAUGUAAGGGAGGAUCCUUAUGAGUAUAAUGAGUGUGGAAAAGUCUUCAAUCAACAUAUUCUUCUUCCUAAUCACGUUCAUGCUAAAGGGAAACCCAGUGAAUGUGGGAAGGCCUUCAGCCAAAACUCAUCUCUUGCUCAACCUCAGAUAGUCCUCACAGGAGAGAAGCCCUAUAAGUGUGAUGAAUGUGGGAAAAGAUUCAGCCAGAGGAUACAUCUUAUUCAACAUCAGAGGAUUCACACGGGAGAAAAACCUUUUAUAUGCAAUGAGUGUGGGAAAGCCUUCCGUCAGCAUUCAUCCUUCACUCAGCAUCUGAGAAUUCAUACUGGAGAGAAGCCCUAUAAAUGCAAUCAGUGUGGUAAAGCCUUUAGCCGUAUCACGUCCCUUACUGAGCAUCAUAGACUUCAUACUGGAGAGAAGCCUUAUGAAUGUAGUUUCUGUGGGAAAGCCUUCAGCCAGAGGACACAUCUUAAUCAGCAUGAGAGGACUCAUACAGGAGAGAAGCCCUAUAAAUGUAAUGAAUGUGACAAAGCCUUCAGCCAGAGUGCACACCUUAAUCAACAUAGAAAAAUCCAUACUCGGGAGAAAUUAUGUGAAUAUAAUAAAUGUGAGAAAACUUUAAGCCACAAUCCUUCACUUACUCAGCAGCACAUAACUCAGAAUUUUUAGCUUUGUCCUGGGCAGGGAGGGGGAAAUCAUUUGAAUAUAUAAAAGUAAGAAAAUUUUGGUCAGAACUUUUCAUCCCAUUCAAUAUCAGAUUAUUCAUGGUGGAGAGAAAGCUUAUAAAUAAACUUUUGAUGCAUAGAAACCAAGUAAGUUUAGACCUUAAACUAGUAGCAUAUUAUAUUCCCAGGAAAGGUUAUAAAUAGUGAAAAUAAUUUAUUUUGUAAACAAGGUUAUAUUAGUAGUCAUGUUCCAAAACUUUUUUUAAUGAUCCUGUAGGCAAUAACCUACAAUUAUUCUCCUGUGAUUUUUAUGGCAUAAGGUUUUAAAUUGAUUAAUCAAGCCAAGGAUGUAAUAUAACCAGUCACAUAAACUUGAAAUAAACAGAAAAGAGCAAUGUUUCUCAAACUUCAGUCAUUUAUGGGCAUUCUUUACAGAUUUUUACCGUAUUUAGUGUUUACUUAAUAUUUUUCUUUAAACAGAUUCAGAAUUUUGAGUCUUGUCCUGGGAAGUAUUAUUUAUGGAAUUAUAAGUUUUAUAUGCUAAUUACAUUCUAAUUUCCAUCAAAAAUAAAUAUAUAACUAUGAGAUUGAAAAUAUCCAGUGGUGUACUACCUAAAUCUUCUGUACCAUUAUUAUAAAAGCAAUGUGAUAGGAUAUGGCAAUAUUAUGUUAUUUUUUAGGAAUCCUUGUAUUAUUUUCAUCAAACAAGUCCUAGGAUCUUUAAGAAGAGUCUAGGAGGAAGCUGAAGGUCAUAUUGAUGAACUUUGAAAAGUGAUUCAGAGAAGUCUGCUUUUCUGGUAUUGUAGUUUGAAAUUUCCCUAUAGCAAACAUAGGUUUUGGAUUUAAAUGGUUAUUUCUGUUAUGUUUGCAGGUUUGAAUAGAGAGGAGGUUUUAUUCAAUAAUGACCUUAGGGGCUUUAUAAGAAUCCCUGCACCUCCCUGCAUCACUGUGGAAGACAAGAAGCAGGGGACUAUGCCAGAGUGAAAGGUGGUGCCACGUUGAGGCUGAGAACCAGGGAAGAGCCUUAUUGACUUAUAUAAACAGCUAAAGCAGUGUUACUAGUUAGCUUAAUAAUUCAUCUUAUUUAUUGUAAUGUAUUUAUGUAACACCUUUUUCCAAAAAAGAAUUUAAGGUGGUUUAACUUGAUUUUUAUGAUUACUGCCUUGUUUGACAGAAAUCACAUUUUGAUGUUACAAAGCAUUGUAAAUAUACACUGUCGUAACCAUGAAUUGCUGCAGCUGUGGGCCUGCUUCUGUUUCUUGGCUUUCUGUUUUUCUCUCAGUCUUCCCAGGCAUGGCUGAAGAAGCCAUGAGGCUAAGGUAGGAAUGCAGUCUCUUGCUUUCUCGCCUUUCUUCUAACAUAUCUCCCAGCUCAAGACUUCCCUAGUUUUUUUCCCUGUGAAGGACUAGAUUUUAUAGGUCUUAACUGAAAGCUAAAAUUAUUUUAAAAUUUUUUUUAAUUAAAACACGAAAAACCAAGAAAGCAAUGAAAUGCACUCAUUUCAUCAUGGAAGUAAAAUUUUUCAAAGUACAUUUAAUGUCCCAUCAUUCAGUGGAUGAAAUAGUUACCAAAACCCUGGGUUACUGUAGUCAGGGAGGAUUUCUAAUAGUGUUUUGUGUUCAGAAAUCUGUAUAGUGGAGAUCUAUUUCCAGUUCUGGAAGUGUCUCUUCACUAAAAGGAGCUACAUUUAACAUUUAUUUGCCCUAAGGCGGCAGAGUAUAGAGCACUCAGGUUUCAGGAAGAGUGAGUGAGCCAAGAUGAAGUCUCAGACUGCAGAGGUAUGUAUUAAAAUAAGUAAUGAUUAAUUACAAGUUGUGAAGCCUUUGAUCAAAGUUUUAAUUUUGCAACCAAG